GGUGAGUCAUUGGCGGCGCCGGGGAUAAAUAGACGGUUGCUACCUGGGAGCGGCACUGGCUUCUCAGCUCUGAGCAGCGUUAGCACCCGCCCGAUCCGCAGCCAGAACCCCGCUGGGACAUGAUCCUGCCCUGCGCCCUGCUGGCCGCUCUCCUGGCUGUCGGCCACGCAGCCAACCCUUGCUGCUCAAACCCCUGCCAGAACAGAGGAGUAUGUAUGACAACAGGAUUUGAUCAGUAUGAAUGUGACUGUACCAGGACUGGAUAUUAUGGAGAAAACUGCACAACACCGGAAUUCUUCACGUGGCUAAAGGUAAUGCUGAAACCUUCACCGAAUACUGUCCAUUACAUCCUCACCCACUUCGAAGGAGCCUGGAAUAUAGUCAACAGCAUUCCAUUCUUACGAGAUACUAUUAUGAGAUACGUAUUAACGUCAAGAUCACACUUGAUUGACAGCCCACCAACUUACAAUAGUGAUUAUAACUACAAAAGCUGGGAAGCUUAUGCCAAUAUUUCAUAUUACACUAGAAGCCUUCCACCAGUAGGACUUGACUGUCCAACACCAAUGGGUGUUAAAGGAAAAAAGGAGCUCCCAGAUUCAAAGGUCAUUGUGGAGAAAUUUUUGCUGAGGAGAAAAUUCAUUCCUGACCCACAAGGCACAAAUGUGAUGUUCACGUUCUUUGCCCAACACUUCACUCAUCAGUUCUUUAAGACGGACCACAAGAAAGGACCUGCCUUCACCAAAGCUCUCGGCCAUGGGGUUGACUUGAAUCAUAUUUAUGGAGAGACUCUGGAAAGACAACUUAAACUGAGACUUCUAAAGGAUGGAAAGUUAAAAUACCAGAUCAUUGAUGGAGAAAUGUAUCCACCAACAGUGAAGGACACUCAGGCAGAGAUGAUCUACCCCCCUCACGUCCCUGAACACUUGCAGUUUUCUGUGGGGCAGGAGGUGUUCGGUUUGGUCCCAGGCUUGAUGAUGUACGCAACAAUAUGGCUGAGGGAGCACAACCGGGUCUGUGACAUCCUGAAACAGGAGCACCCUGAGUGGGAUGAUGAGCAGCUGUUCCAAACUACUAGACUCAUACUAAUAGGGGAGACAAUCAAGAUUGUUAUUGAGGACUAUGUGCAACAUUUGAGUGGCUACCACUUCAAGCUCAAGUUUGAUCCUGAGCUGCUGUUCCACCAGCGAUUUCAGUACCAAAACCGGAUUGCAGCUGAAUUCAAUACUCUCUACCACUGGCACCCACUCCUGCCUGACACUUUCCAGAUAAAUGACCAGGAAUACAGUUUCCAGCAGUUCCUCUACAAUAACUCCAUAAUGCUGGAACAUGGCCUUUCCCAUAUGGUGAAAUCUUUCUCCAAGCAAAGUGCUGGCAGGGUUGCUGGUGGGAAGAAUGUUCCUGUUGCAGUACAGAAAGUAGCAAAGGCUUCAAUUGACCAAAGCAGACAAAUGAGAUACCAGUCCUUGAACGAGUACAGGAAACGCUUUAUGUUGAAACCAUUCAAGUCAUUUGAAGAACUUACAGGAGAAAAAGAAAUGGCAGCUGAACUGGAAGAGCUUUAUGGAGAUAUUGAUGCUAUGGAGCUAUACCCAGGCCUUCUCGUAGAAAAGCCACGUCCAGGUGCCAUCUUUGGUGAAACAAUGGUGGAAAUGGGAGCUCCGUUCUCUCUGAAAGGACUGAUGGGAAAUGCUAUCUGCUCUCCUGAGUACUGGAAGCCCAGCACCUUCGGUGGAAAAGUGGGCUUUGACAUCAUCAAUACCGCCUCCUUACAGAAGCUCAUCUGCAACAAUGUGAAAGGCUGCCCUUUCACUGCUUUCCACGUCUUAAAUCCUGAACCCACAGAGGCAACGAUCAAUGUUAGUACCUCAAAAACAGCAAUGGAAGAUAUCAACCCCACACUACUACUGAAAGAGCAAUCUGCUGAGUUGUAAAAAUCCAUCUAUUUAUUUAUUUAACUAUAUAAUUUAUUUUAUUUAAAGUGUUUAAAGUGUUUUAAAAACAAAAACUUGAGCAUCUUCAUUGUGGGGGUUACCUUAGGUUCCUUACUCAGGUAAGGCUUCCAUUUACAGAAGGGAUUUUCUGUGCUUGAGCUCUACAGUGGUGAAUCCCUUGUUUAAAAUCUUCUGUAACAGAACUAUGUAUUCCAAAGUGGACAAAGGUUCCAGCUUUUUUUAAUGUUGUUUUAAUACUUGACAAAGGGUGUUGGUGGGGUUUUUUUAUGUCUUUUCACUUGGUAGGUCACAUAACACUACGGAAGCAAGUUACUGCCUUGGCAACCUCUUAAACUCGAAAACAGGCCGUUGAAUUAAAAGUACAAGAAAAAAAUUGACUCGAUUGAAAACUGUUGGGAAAGGUUAUUACUUCAGUGUGAGCCUCUAAGAUUAACAAAAAACACAUAUACUUGAGACUCUUAUUUAUUUAUGGAGAAAAUGCAUUGCAUUUAUUGUUGAUACUACCUCUCCCUCACUGCAAAUAAGGCACUUUGUAUAGUAAUUUAUAUGUUUGUUUUCUAUGUGUAAGUCUGCUUUCAUGUGGCAUUAUACUUUAUUUUAAAUUAUUUAAAGAAAAUACAACUUCUCUUGUAUCCUAUGUAGUUUGGAAGUGUAUGUCACAGAAGUAUUAUUUGUGUAAGAGGGUGAUAGAGAGGUACUGACCCUCAGGCUGCAAUACAAGGCUACUUGUAUUUUAAUACAGAUGUGUUGUUGUGCAAGUCUGGGGAAGCCUUAAACUUAGUGGUAUUCUUUUCGUAGCUGUAGUUCUCUGGUCUACUUGAUAAUUUUAGUCUCUGUCACUUUAAGGACAAAGGGGCAGUAUAGCUUUAGUUAAGGAUGUGACUAUAGUAUAUCUAUGUCUUCUUGAAACAUGGAGAUUUUAGGAGGAACAGUGGAAACUGAGAAGCUGUGUAAACAUACUCAGCUGAGAAACAAAUACAGAUUAGAUCUACCACAACUUGAAGACACCAGGACUCGAAGGUAGCUUAUGGCCAUAUCCACAGCCAUACUCCUGACUUACAGUUCUAUUUAUUGCGGGGGAGGAGGGAUGAUGUUUUGUUUAUAACUUAUAAACAGAGACAUAAGUAAGUGGCUUAAGCUUAAUUAAAACUGUGUAGCUAGCACAAAAUCUCCUAGACAUAUUUGUCCUGAUCUAGCACUGAAAUAUCUAGGCACAUAAGUUACACAGGAUCUUCAACCAGCGCUUCCAACUUUGCAUAUAAGGGUAUCUUUUUUUAAUUUCUAGAGAGGAAGUGUAGAAGAUGAUCUUCUCAUAAAAACAGCUGGGGAACUGUAGGUAAAAAGAAAAAGUCCCUUCAGACUGGAAU